GGUCUCUCUGAUCAGCACCUCCUUCGUGCUCAAAGGGGACGCGUCGCACAACCAGGCGAUGGUGCACUGGACGGGCGAGAACAGCAGUGUGAUUCUGAUCCUUACCAAGUAUUACCAUACUGACAUGGGGAAGGUGCUGGAGAGCUCUUUGUGGAGGUCAUCAGAUUUUGGAACAUUAUAUACAAAGCUGAAUCUGCAGCCCGGGAUUACUACAGUCAUUGACAAUUUCUACAUUUGUCCCACCAACAAAAAAAAGAUCAUUCUUGUGAGUUCUUCACAUAAUGACCGGGACCAGAGCCUUUUCAUGAGCAUCGAUGAAGGAGCCACUUUUCAAAAGCAGCCCAUUACCUUCUUUGUGGAAACCCUGGUUUUUCACCCAAAAGAUGAGGAUAAGGUGAUUGCUUACACCAAGGAAGGCAAGCUCUAUGUGUCAGUUGACUUGGGGAAAAAAUGGACUCUUCUGCAGGAACGAGUGUCAAAAGACCAUAUUUUUUGGGCCGUUGCCGGAGUUGACAGAGACCCUGAUUUGGUUCAUAUGGAGAUCCAGGACCCCAGUGGAGGUUAUCGCUACAUCACCUGUCAGAUUCAGAAUUGCUCUGAUAAAACACCAACAGUCCAGUUUGCUGGCAGCAUCGACCGGGAUUCCUUGACUGUGCAGGAUGACUACAUAUUCCUCCAGACAACAUCAGCAAAUCGGACUAAAUAUUAUGUCUCUUACCGUCGAAAUGACUUCAUACAGAUGAAGCUACCAAAAUACGCAUUGCCAAAGGAUUUACAGAUUAUCAGUACAGAUGAAAACCAAGUAUUUGUGGCUGUUCAAGAAUGGUACCAGACAGACACGUACAACCUGUACCAAUCUGACCCACAGGGUGUAUACUACUCCAUUUUACUGGAGAAUGUCAGGAGCACUAAGCAGCCAGAAGAGAAUGUCCUGAUAGAUAUUCUGGAGGUCAGAGGUGUUAAAGGAGUCUUUUUGGCCAAUCAGAAAAUUGAUGGGAAAGUUACAACUCUAAUAACCUACAACAAAGGCCGUGACUGGGACUAUCUGACCCCUCCAAUUUCUGAUAUGAAUGGUAAACCAACCAACUGCAAACCUCCUGAUUGCCAUCUUCAUCUCCAUCUCCGCUGGGCAGACAAUCCAUAUGUGUCAGGAACAGUCCAUACCAAGGACACUGCACCAGGGCUCAUAAUGGGGGCAGGUAAUCUGGGCUCCCAGCUGGUUGAGUAUAAAGAAGAAAUGUACAUAACAUCUGAUUGUGGGAAUACCUGGCGGCAGGUCUUUGAAGAAGAACAUCACAUCUUGUAUCUGGACCAUGGUGGAGUCAUUGUGGCCAUCAAAGACACUUCUAUCCCUCUGAAAAUACUCAAGUUCAGCAUAGAUGAAGGUCAGACAUGGAGUACACAUAAUUUCACCAGUACAUCAGUCUUCGUAGAUGGGCUACUCAGUGAACCUGGAGACGAGACAUUAGUCAUGACAGUCUUUGGACACAUCAGUUAUCGUUCAGACUGGGAGCUGGUGAAAGUAGACUUCAGACCGUCUUUCCCUAGGGAGUGCACAGAAGAUGACUAUGAAUCUUGGGACCUCACAGAUCUACAGGGUGAUCGCUGCAUCAUGGGUCAGCAGAGAAGUUUUCGGAAGAGGAAGAUUUCAUCCUGGUGCAUUAAAGGGAGGAGUGUCACAUCUGCUCUCACAUCCAAAGUUUGCGAGUGUGCAAACUCUGAUUUCUUAUGUGAUUAUGGAUUUGAACGUUCAGCACCUCUGAAAUCAGAAUCCAGCAAGUGCUUUGCUAACUUUUGGUUUAACCCAGAAUCACCCCCUGAAGAUUGCGUAUUAGGGCGGGCCUAUGCGAGCAGCACAGGGUACAGGAAAGUGGUGUCUAAUGUAUGUGAAGGUGGUGUUGACUUGCAGCAGAAUCUAGCCCAGCAUAUGUGUCCACUGAUUGCUCCCAAAAGACUGCAGAUCAGCAUUAAAGGAGAGAGCCUGGCUGUUAAACCUGGAGAGGAUGUCACCUUUGUAGUCACACAAGAGCAGGGAGAUAUUCUAAAUACCAAGUACCAGGUGGACCUUGGGGAUGGCUUUAAGGCAAUAUACGUGAACCUCACAAUGACAGGGGAACCCAUUCGGCACCGUUAUGAGAACCCUGGGAUUUACCGUGUCUCAGUCAGGGCUGAGAAUGUUGCCGGGCAUGAGGAAGCAGUGGUGUUUGUUCAAGUUAAUUCUCCACUGCAGGCUUUACAUCUAGAAGUGGUUCCAGUCAUUGGGAGAAACCAGGAGGUGAAUUUGACAGCCAUCGUAUUGCCCAAGAACCCUAACUUGACAGUCUUCUACUGGUGGAUAGGAAAUAAUCUUCAGCCACUUCUCACUUUGGACCGUUUUUUGGUGACAAGAUUUGCUGAGACAGGUGAGGUGAGAGUUACAGUGCAGGCCUCCUGUGGGAACUCCAUGCUGCAGGAUUCCAAGAUUGUCCGAGUUUUUGAUCAUUUUCAAGUUCUUUCUCUAAAGUUUACUAAACACCUGGACAUGUACAACCCCAACGUACCAGAGUGGAGGGAAGACAUAGGCCUGGUAGUAACACGACUUCUCGCAAAGGAAACUAAUAUCCCUGAAGAAACACUGGUGACCGUGGUGAAACCUGGUCUGCCCACAACUGCUGAUUUGCUCGUGCUGCCACCAGCAAACCAGCCAAAGCGGAAGAGAAGUAUAACUAGUGAUAAGAGAAUAGCUGCUAUAAAGCAGGCCUUGAAUGCACAUAACAUCAGCUUCUUCCUGAGGGAAGGAUACUGGGUCUUAGUGACAUUAGCCAGCUCUGAUUCAGACUCUCAGAGGAUUGGAGGAGGCAAUGGAUACUGGGCUAUAGUGGUUCUCUUUGUUAUCUGUCUAGUUGUAGUUGGGGCCUUCAUUCUCUACAAGUUUAAAAGGAAACUGCCAGGCAGAAAUGUCUAUGCCCAGAUGCACAACGAAAAGGAACAGGAGAUGACCAGCCCUGUUAAUCACAGUGAGGACACCCAGAACAUCAUCCAGGGUGAGGAGUUUAUUGAUGAUGAUCUGGAUUCUCAGACGCUAGGUAAUGCAAGAGUGACUCCUUCUGGGAGAGGUGGAAACUUGAACAGCUACAGAGUUCCCUUAUUGCUGAUGCCGGUCAGUGUCCAAUCCCAGGCAGUCACUCAGGCGUGGUUUUGAGCAUUAACUCCAGAGAGAUGCACAGUUACCUGGUUAGCUGAUGUUUACAGCUGAACACAAAAAACGAAAGACUCUUCUCUGUAUUGUUUAAUUUUUCCCUGGGGAUGUCACCAAAUUGCAAACAUGGCUGUACCUGCUGGUGGAAAGUAGGUUCCUAAACAGUCUUGAAACUACAAGUGUCCAUCAUCUGUUACUGUAUACUGGGAACUUGUUACAAUUCAAACUCAAACUAAGGUAGCACAUUUGUAGCCCUAGGCACACUAGAUGCCACAUUUUCUCUUUUCUGUGUAUGUUCUAGUUCUUUAUGUUCAGUUUUAGAAGGACUGGACUUAGUUCCUUUUAUUGCCUGGGGUGUUCAAUGGAAGACUGAAAUUCAGCAGCCCUGAAGAGUUGACUUUAAAAGCCUGUGACUAGUAAGUACUAAGCAGAUGGCUGGUUGAUCGCUACAAAUUUGUACUUGUUUAAAAGGCUGUGACUGCCUGUUCUGGUUCAGCACUAAGAGAGGAAUGAGCAAGGAGAUAAAUAUACUCCUUAGCUCCUCUUCAAUCCAAGUUCUUAACUUUAAAAUGUGUGAGACAAUCUAAUGAGCUUCAGCUCACUAUGUGAGUCCCUGAUAUAAAUUGAAUAAGUAAUGUGUUAAGACUUCUUGCAAGUAAAAUGAGUCCUAAGAAGCUCCCAGCACCACCCCCAGCCCACCCAAAAAACCCGCUAGCUUGGUGCUUUCACUUCUGGAGGCCGGCUGGUUUAAGUUGCUCUUCUGUCAUCUUCUAACUUGAGCACCUCCAUCAUGGCAGUUGCAAGACCAGUUAUUAUAUAAUAAACAGUUCUGACUGCCUGUCCCUCUUUCUCUUUUUAAAAGUGUAAAUACCUCUUUUAAGUAGCUUUUUGUAUGUUUUUUUUUAAAUUUCUAUUUUGAGGGCAGAGGCCCAAUAUAUGUAACGAAUUCUCCCCCAACUAGGUCAGUGCAGCACACCAGAACCUUUAGUCCUACAGAUACUUGGAGUUUCCCUUUGCGUUCAGUUCCUGCCUCUGAUGUAAGGAUGGGCAAACUCGCAGCUGAACUUCACCACCUUUGACAUGUUUGACAAUCAGGAAGGAUGGGAGCAGGGAACUGAUGCAAUUUAAGGGAUUGCACUUCAUGAGUGUCACCACCAGGUGUCACUCUUAUUCCCUCAUCGCUGAGCUGGGCCAUAUCUCUGCAGGGAAGGGCAGUGAAACUGUCAAAGGAGCCAGAUUGGGAAAGGCAUGUGGGUCAGUUCAGAGUUUGCUUAUCCCCAUCUCUCUGUCCCCAGGGGUUGAGAGUCCUGAGUUCAUCACUAAAUCCACAUCUUGUGGGUUUUUUGUAGGGAUUUGUGUAGGAAAUGAACCACAGCAUGGUUCAGCCAAGUGUUUGGCAUCCCAUGUAUCACAGCUGCCUGGAAUUAGGACACUCUCUGAGAAACCUAUUUAAUCUUUUCACCUUUUGCCUUCAACAGGGGAUGACUAGCUCUUUUUUACUCACUGAAUGUUGUGCUAAUGCUUGUAGCUAAUGUCCGUGCCACCUUCCUUAAAGGGAUUAUAGUCAACUACAUACUUGUGAAUGACCAAGCAAUCACGCCGGUGAGACAGAAUGGCACUAUCUAAAAAUUCUCCUAUGCAGUAGGUCGCUCUUCCAUGUAGCCAGGGAAUUAAUGAUAUCAUGGAAUAUGCUUUCUUCAGAAACAACAUAUUAGCAUGCCACCUUCUAUGUGGCAAUAUAAGCUCUCACAAAGCUCACAGAAUCUGUGUGUAAAGCACAAGAAAAUCUGGUUUAGGAACUAACAGUAUGAAAGUGGAUGGGAAUGCUUGAAAAGAGUGGCAAGUGCAUGCCAACUGCUCAGGAAAAGGUCUGUUUGUAACCAUCUCACAGAAAUUUCAUCUUGAAAAGCCCUACAGGGCCCUGCAAAACUAACCCACAUAGAGACAGGAAAUACUUGAGCUGACAAUGCUAAGUAUAAUUCUGACACAGUCAUAAGAACCAAAGAUCAAAGGUCCAUCUAGCCCAGUAUCCUGUCUUCUGACAGUGGCCAAUGCCAGGUGCCUGAGGGGGAUUGAACAGA